AUGGUCAAAGACUGUACCAAGCUUUUCUACAGCAAGAACGGCGACAAUGAUGUUGACCUUCAAAAAUACAUCACCGUAGAAGACUUUUCCACCUGGAACCGCGAAGCAGAGCGACGACUAUCUAGACAUCAGAAAGAAUAUCUGAAAGGUGUCAAUGAACUCUUGUCAUUUGUCUCGUUCAGUCAAGACUGGCGUGGGGUGCCGGAACAAGUUGUCAUACAAUAG